UACGCCAUACAUACCAAGCAAACAUCUCUUUGUUCCUCUAUCUUCCUUGUUACCUCAUGAUUCCCGAGUUAGAGAAACCUCGAGUCACUGAGAUACAGGUCCGAAUGGACUGCAAUGGGUGUGUACAAAAGAUAAAGAAAGCACUACAUGGCAUUAAUGGUAUAUAUGAUUUCUACAUCGACUUCUCUCAACAGAAAUUAACAAUAAUAGGGUGGGCAGAUCCAGAAAAAAUUGUCAAAGCCCUUAAGAAGACAAGGAAAAUUGCUAGCAUUUGUUCAUACAUGGUACCAACAGAGCCCCCUGCUCCACCAACAGAACAAGCACCUCAGGAAGGUGGUGAUCCAGCCCCUGAUGCACCGAACCCUCCCCCACCAGAUGCACCGCCAGCCGAAGCAGCCCCACCACCAGCACCAGAUCCACCAAAAGACCCCCGAGCACCGCCUGAGAAUCCACCAGCAGAUACUGCACCACCACCUAGGACUCCAGACAAUAACACAAGCCAACCAACAGACAAACCCACUGGACCAAAAGACGUAGGAAAGGUCCAUGUAAUAUACCGCCAUCCACCUGACUACGGCUACAGAUACAGUUACAGUCACGGUUAUAGUGGAGAUCAGCAUAAGUACCAUACAGGCCAAGGAUUGCCACAAGAGCCAACUCAACCCAUGUAUGUUACACACAGCUACAACACAUACAGGCCAUCACCUUAUGUCACCGAAUAUGAGUAUAUCCGGUCACCACCACAACGCAUACAUUACAGUAGGAUGGACCACUACAGUGAUGACAACCACAAUAACAACAGUAGCAAUGGAAAUAUCAUAUCAAUAUUUAGUGAAGAAAAUCCAAAUGCUUGUAGGAUAAUGUAGAAAAAAAAUAAAGGCCUGUAAGGGAGCUCCCAUGCCUCCCAAAGAGACUUGGAAGAAAGUUAAUGAGGGUUUAUCAGCAAAAGAAUAGAAUAUAAUGGAACGGUAAUAUUUUCUCAUAAGCAUGUGAAAAGAUUUAGAAAAGAAUUGGAUUCCAGGCUUGUGUGUGCUGGAAGCUUUUCUUAUUUUUAUUUUUAUUUUUAUUUUCUGGGUUCUGACUUCUGACUUCUGAGGGCCAGCAGGUACUACGUAGUAGAAGACGUGUAA